UCAUUGUUAUCAAUGACGAUUCUAACGGCUCGCGAUGUUUUGCUAAAAUCAUUUGUUCACCUGCUCACAAUAAGCCGCGUCAUGGGUGAUACGUGUGGGAAAUCUUGUUGGCCAGGAACCAGUGCACUUCCCCCGAAAAGUGAUUUUGGCCAACGGCUAUUGCAACAAUGCCGACAGCUGGAAAAACCCAAUGUUGCGGUGGACCUAAAUGCAUUCAAAGCGUUGUCAAACAAGUUUCCAGCCCAGUUUGGUAUCGAUACCUGUCGGGUGAAGUCUCAACCGGAGGAUCGCAGUGAAAAGAUUCGAGAGCAGAUUGCAUCUGCCUAUCCGGUGAUUCACGAACGAGUACUUCCCCUCUUCAUAAAUUUUCUGGAGCACAAGCUAAAUUUCGGCAGCGACCAGGAGAAGGCCCUCUACAAGGACAUGACAGUGGUGGACCUUGUGCAGCGUCUUCUGGCCAAGAGAUGUGUGUGGUUCUUCGGAGGGGGCGACUACUAUCACACCAUGGAUGGGAAAAUCGGACACGAAGGCUUCGAGUCGGUGGGCACUCCGUCGGAGGAGCCUCCUUUGAAACUAGCCUCAGUGCUCAGCUACGAUGAGAUAAAGUUGGCCGCCCUGCUCUACGUGUCCACCCACUCGGAGUUCAUCAACGAUGGCAGCAGAUCAAAUGCCGGCAAGGUGACACAAGAUAAGAGUAAAAUAGAACGCGAGGGUGUAAUUAUUGGACUGAUUGGAGCUCGAUUCGAGCGUCCCGAUGUCAUGGAGUACCAGGACAUUAUGAUAACUCCGACCCAGAACAUCCAGGCCAAUGGCUACGGGUUGGUUAACUCUUCCAGUGGAAAAACAACUCCAGCCUCGGAUUUGCGUAGAGUUUGGAAGGAGUUCUACGAGGAACCCACGGAUUUUACAUAUGAAGAUGUGCCAAAAAAUAAUAAUGACCGUUUUGAAAGGGUGCCCGAGGGUUAUUUCGAUCAGCAGAUGAUGGGCAAGCGCUAUGCCAUCAGCUUUGACACCCUGCUAUUGGAGGCCCAGGACAGAGCAUUCAAGGUCGGCAAGCCCGCCUACAUCCACCUGGUUGGCAUCGGCUUGGGCGUUUGGAAAGCGUCCGCGCGACAGGAGCAAACCUUCUUCGAAUCCUUCGAGAAGCGAUUGCAAGUGCUGGGCAAACGACUCAGUCAUAUUGGGGUGGUGCACUUCUCCUGGUUCCACUUGUCCCGCGUGGGCAGCUUGUACGAUGGCGCUCUGUUUCCAGUGGAGAACCAUCCCCAGGGCGGCAUCAAGAUACGCAUCUCGGCCAGAAAUCCAGCCGACAAACUGGCGGAGGACAUGUUGCCCGUGGUGACCUACGCCUGGGAUGGAAAUGCCCUGCCUGGCAACGAAUUUUGGGCGAGAAUGUUAGUUAGCACCGGAGAUCCGGCAGCCGCCUGUUCCACCCUGAUUACCGAGCUGCAGAAUCCCCACAUCAAUGUGGACUUCAUGAGUGGAGCCAAUCUGCACAUUGCGUCCGUGGAGCACGGAUUGCUCCAUCUGGGUGACUACGCCAGAAAGAUCGCCUAAAACUAUUUGUUGGCAUUUUACCAGGCAUUUUACUAGGCAUUUUACCAAGGAUUUUACCAGGCUUUUUACCAGGCAUUUUAUAUAGAAGCCAAAUCGAACAUGUGCAAUGGAAAUUAUUAAGCUCAAACUACUCAUUCUAUGUGCACAUAAAUAAAUGUUGUAAACAUUUAACUAUUUUAAAAAUAAUAAAAGGAAUACGGUUGCAAAAGAA